GUAUUCCCAUCCUCUCCACACAUAACCUUACCACGUUCCUCCAUUCCCGGCACUCCAUUCCACUCUCCAUCCUAACAAACAAAAGCUCUCUCUAUCUCUCUCUCUUCUCUCUUUCUCCAUGGCCAUGGCAACCCAAGCCUCCCUCUUCACCCCUCCCACUCUCUCCGCCUCCAAGCCCGCAGCUCCCCGCUCCGCCGCCAUCCCAUGGACUAACUCCCCCUUCGCCGCCACCCCGAGACCCCUCACUCUCUCCACCAAUACCCCUCGCAACGCCACCUUCAAAGUCUCGGCCACCGAGGAAAAGACAGAGGCCCCCGCCGGCUUCACCCCGCCGCAGCUCGACCCCAACACCCCGUCCCCAAUCUUCGGCGGCAGCACCGGCGGCCUUCUCCGCAAGGCCCAGGUGGAGGAGUUCUACGUGAUAACGUGGGACUCCCCCAAGGAGCAGAUCUUCGAGAUGCCGACGGGCGGCGCCGCCAUCAUGCGGCAGGGGCCGAACCUGUUGAAGCUGGCGCGCAAGGAGCAGUGCUUGGCGUUGGGCACCAGGCUGCGGUCCAAGUACAAGAUCCAGUACCAGUUCUACCGGGUGUUCCCCAACGGGGAGGUGCAGUACCUGCACCCCAAGGACGGGGUGUACCCGGAGAAGGUCAACCCGGGAAGGCAGGGCGUGGGGCUGAACUUCCGGUCCAUUGGGAAGAAUGUUAGUCCCAUCGAGGUCAAAUUCACAGGCAAACGGGUGUUUGAUUUGUGAGCUGGCUAGGCUACCUGCUAAUGGGUGCUAUAUAUGCUUGUAAUUCUAUAUGUUUAUGAUUUCCCUUCCCUCUUCUUCCUUAGUAUUUAUGUUCUGUAAUAUUUCUUUGGUUCUGGUUAAGGGGAAUUUCAUGCCUUGCUUGCAAUUAAGUGGCUGGUAUUGCUGUUCGAUUUUUGAGGUUAGCAGGGUGGUAUUAAUUGGUGGGUUUGAGUUGUUGCUUGGUUUGUUUAUGAUGAAUUUAUGAUGCUGUUGUUGCA